AUUGUUCCUUUUCACGCUUUGCACAUUUGCGACUUUCUUCUCUUCCCCUGUUUGGGUUACAAAUUACAUAUUUACGAAUCAAAGUAAUAAAACAAACAAAAGAAAAUAGAAAAGGUGGUUAAUGAAAUAAACAUGGAGUGGAGUGUUUGAAAAGGUAGACUAGUCAAAUACUCCACACGAAUUGGUUUAGGAUAAAAAUCAUAGGUUACUCCGAGAAAUACAGGAACAAGAAAGAUAGUGGGAAGUGGAGCUUCAUGCAAGCUUCUGAAAUUGUCUUUUGGAACUCAGCGUCACUGUUUGAGCAAUGGAACCGGUGAAAAGCCCAAACCAGACACCGUGAUCCUCUAUUGAUGCUGUCUGGUUUCUUCAUAGCGAGUCCUGUCUUCAAAAUCAUUGCUUGGUGUUGGUGGCUAUCUGGAUUGGUUGGUUCCACAAUGGUAGAGAGAGGAAGAGAGAGAGAGAGAGAGAGAGAUAAAGAGUUUGGAGGAAGAUAGAGAGACAUACUGAGAGGGGGGUCCUACUGCUUAAUUUUUGAGGGGCAUCAACAGUUCCUGUCAAUGAUUUUUACUUGGGUUGGGUGGUGCUGCUUCUUCUCUCACUCCUCUCAAAUGACCCAUCCAAUCAGUAUUGUAUCACACUCCCUUCUAGCUCAACAGUUUGAUCAAUAAACCAAAACUACCCUUCUCUUCUUCCUCCUUUGAUCCUUUUACUCUCUCUCUCUCUCUCUCUCUUCUGUUUCUGUACCUUUUGUUUAUCAGAAGGAGGAUUCCAAAUUGGUCGUUGGGGUUGCCUCAAAAGCUCUGCCUCUGGUCAGGUUAUUGGGUCAAAAGGGACAACUGGAUCUCACUCUUAUGAAGAGACUUUCAACUUUGGUGAAUGUGUUUCUGGUUCUUGCAUUGUUCAGUUGUAGCCCAUGGACAGUGUGGAGCAGCUCAUGCCACAAACAUAUAAACUUGAAGGAAGUUCGACCUCACAGUGUCAGCAUUACCGAAUUUGGAGCAGUUGGCGAUGGGAUCACUCUCAAUACAAAAGCAUUUCAGAAUGCCAUCUUUUACCUAAAUUCAUUUGCUGACAAAGGUGGAGCCAAGCUUUUUGUCCCUGCUGGCCGGUGGUUAACUGGAAGUUUUGAUCUCAUCAGCCAUCUAACUUUGUGGUUGGACAAGGAUGCAGUAAUUCUUGGAUCAACAAACUCUGACGAUUGGCCAGUUGUGGAUCCUCUACCAUCAUAUGGUCGUGGAAGGGAGUUGCCAGGUGGAAGGCAUAGAAGCCUCAUUUAUGGGCGCAAUUUGACUGAUGUUGUCAUAAUAGGUAACAAUGGAACUAUAGAUGGUCAAGGGAGUAUCUGGUGGGACAAGUUUCGGAACAAAACAUUGGAUUAUACACGUCCUCAUUUGGUUGAGUUGAUGAAUUCAACUGGGGUUCUCAUUUCAAAUGUAACUUUCUUGAAUUCUCCAUUUUGGACUAUUCACCCUGUAUAUUGCAGCCAUGUUACAAUUCAGAAUGUCACAAUCCUUGCUCCUCUUAGUUCACCAAAUACAGAUGGGAUUGAUCCAGAUUCUUCAGACAAUGUAUGUAUUGAAGACUGUUACAUAAGCACGGGUGAUGAUCUGAUUGCCAUCAAAAGUGGAUGGGAUGGAUAUGGCAUUUCAUUUGGUAGACCCAGUACAAAUAUUAACAUCCACAGGCUCAUUGGGAAAACAACAAGUGCAGGGAUUGCUAUUGGAAGUGAGAUGUCUGGAGGUGUAUCAGAAGUGCAUGCAGAAGAUAUUAAAAUUUUUUAUUCACAUAGCGCAAUCAGAAUAAAAACUUCUCCUGGCAGGGGUGGUUAUGUUAGAAAUGUCUAUAUCUCUAACAUGAUCUUGGAUAAUGUAGAUAUUGCUAUUAGGUUCACUGGUUUAUAUGGAGAACAUCCAGAUGACACCUAUGACCCAGAUGCACUACCAGUAAUAGAAAGGAUUACUAUCAAGGAUGUGACAGGGGAAAAAGUCAAACGGGCUGGACUUAUGCAGGGUAUUAGAGGUGACAACUUUGUCAAUAUCUGCUUAUCAAACAUCACCCUUAAUGUGAGCUCAAAAUUUCCAUGGAACUGCUCUUAUGUUAAAGGAUACUCCGAUUUGGUUUCACCAGAAGUUUGUGAGCCUCUCAAAGAGAGAAUAUUCCCUGAGCAUACUUCGGACUGUUACUAUUUACCGAACCACUUAAAGAGUUGGAGUAGUCAAAACACGGGUUCAUGGUUACUGUCAUAGUAAAUGGAGUUCAAAACUUUUAAGCUGCCAAAGUUCCCCUACAGGAUAAAUUUUGCCUGACAGAAGAAGUUGAAUGAUGUUCCUGACCUAUGAUGGUUGUCCGUCAGCAGAAUGAUACCAGGAGAUGAUUGUUUCUUGUAACUCGUGCGCAGUAACAAAUAAUUGAGUGAUUUAUCAGAAAUAUGAAUUUGAAUGAUUUCAUGUCUUGUUUUCUACAUAUGGAUUUGGAAAGAAAAAUAUUUUUUUUUUGUUUCCAUUGAUUCGAAAUAAAAUAAGGGAAUGAAUGUCGUUGAUUG